GACGCUUGUCGGGAGUUUGGACAAGCGGAGGGAGCAAAAUGGCGGACGAAGAUAUUACGCUUGAUGGGAAACCUCUACAAUCGCUCAGAGUGGCCGAUUUAAAGGCGGCUCUGGAGCAAAGAAACCUCCCGAAAAGCGGGCAAAAAAACGCACUCAUGAAGCGACUGAAAGGGGCGCUGAUGUUGGAGAAUCUUCAGAAGUCAUCCUCCUCCCACAGUGGGCUGCAGCCCAACUCACAGAUUGGCGAGGAGAUGAGCCAGAAUAGCUUCAUAAAACAGUACCUGGCCAAACAGCAGGAGCUACUCCGUCAGAGGCUGGAGAGAGAGGCCCAGCAGGACGAUGAGGCAGAAGAAAGCCCAGCAGUGCCUGAAGAGGAUGACGACCACUCUGAGGACAACGACAGCUCCCCCUUUGUUCGUGACAAGCAUCACUCCAUACCCUCUCAGGCCUCAAUGAUGAGGGAGGAAAAAGGAGGAGGAGAUGCAAUGAUGGGUCAUGCAAUGAUGGCGAGUGGUGCCAACAUGGGCCCGUCAGCUACCCUCCACCCUCAGGAGUCCCUCGAGGCUCCGGGUGCUUGGAUGCAGCGGGCAGCCUUUCUUCAAGGACAUAAAGAGCCACCGGCACCCUCUCCUCCUCGUGCCGUAGCCUCCCUGUCCGUGCGCGUCCUGGGCCAGCCGGACCGCCAGGGGCUGCCCCCUGUGGUACCAAGAGCCCAGGAAAAAGAGGGCACCGCACCCAGUGAGCCCGGAUCAGCUCAUCCUGUCCUACAUCUAAGCCGAUCUGCAGGAGUCUCAGCAGGAGGUCGCGCCCAUGAGGACGACGAUGAAGAAGACAGUGGAGAUGACGAAAGCGAGGACGACGAUGAAUGGGGGCCCGGGCCCGGAGGGGUACGAAGGGGUAACAGAGUGCCACCCCAGCCGCAGCAGAUGCCCCCCAGUGUCCCGUCAACAGCUGCCAGAUCAAAACGCAAGCUUCAGCCUCCGCAGCACAUCCCGCCUCCUCAGGUACACCACACCCCAAUGCAACUGCGCCACCCAACUCCUCCUCCCUCUCCACCCCCCGACCUGUUCCCUCUCCCCGACACUCCAAAGCAGAGCCCACAAGACGCAGAGGAGAGAGAAGGCCCUGAAGCUGCUCGUGGUCCAAGGGGGGUGUCUCUCCCGCCUUCCUCCCUGCAGAGGCAAGACUCUGACUCCAGCUCUCGUUCCAGCAGUCCUGAGCCAUCCAUGAAUAGAAAGCCAGGGCCUCUUUCUUUGCUCGUACACAAGAUGGAGACAGAGAGGGCUUUUGCCUCAGCUGCAGGUGUUUCAGGAGAGACGGCACACUCUACGGCUGGGCCUACCUGUUCCACUGAAUCUCCACUGCAAAGACUGGAGAGAAAGAGGCUUCAAGAGAACAGGGAGAAGGAGGAAGAGAGGGAAAGGCACGAGGUGCAAGACCAAGAAAGAAGGAAGAUAGAACAGGAGCGAGCGAAAAAGCGCCUGGAGGAAGAGAAGGAGAAAGAGAGCAAACACCUGGAAGAGGAGAAACAGCGUCAGAAAGAGGAGCGAGAUAGAAAGAGAAAACAUCUUGAAGAGGAAAAGGAGAGGAAACACCAGGAAGAGGAAAAAGAAAAAGAGAGGAAGCGCCAGGAAGAGGAAAAAGUGAGGAAACGCCAGGAAGAGGAAAAAGAAAAAGAGAGGAAACACCAGGAAGAGGAAAAAGUGAGGAAACGCCAGGAAGAGGAAAAAGAAAAAGAGAGGAAACACCAGGAAGAGGAAAAAGAAAAAGUGAGGAAACGCCAGGAAGAGGAAAAAGAAAAAGUGAGGAAACGCCUGGAAGAGGAAAAAGAGGAACGCCAGGAAGAGGAAAAAGAAAAAGUGAGGAAACGCCAGGAAGAGGAAAAAGAAAAAGAGAGGAAACGCCUGGAAGAGCAGAAGAGAAAAGAAGAGCACCAGAGACAGGAGGCCGGCCACAAAGGCAGGGUGGUUGUGAUUCAGGAUUCUUCAUCAGAUUCCGACUCCAAUUCCGACUCCUCUUCCCGCUCAUCACAGUCCUCUUCCUCUUCCAGAGAGAAACCACGCCCCUCAAAGCAGCCGAAGGUCAACAGACCAAGCCGUGCAGCAGAGGAUGAUAGAAAGACUGUCCUGGUAAAAGAGGCAGAGAAACGACAUCUGUCAAACAGGGAGGUGGCGGAGCCCAGCGCAGCCGCCGUCACAGAGGUGGAAGCAGACUCGGAAAGCUCCAUGGCCCAGCAGCCGCCCGCCGGGGCCGAGCCAGAGAACAGCGAGGGCCUCUUGGAGGAGAGCACCACUCCUAAGGCUUUCACCGCACGCAAGAUCUCCCUGACAAGCAGUAAAUCGUCCCCAGCCGCCACAGAUGGAGGAGCAGGAGAGUCUGAGUCCGGAGCUGCAGCAGGGCGGAAGAGGAGGUGGGGCUCCAGCACAUCAGUGACGACUAAGAAACCAUCCAUCAGCAUCACCACCGACUCACUGAAGUCUUUGAUCCCAGACAUCAAAAUAAACCAGGAGGCGGUGGUGGCGCUGCACCCUGAGGAGCUUCAGCUGUCUGGGGACGAGGAGAGUCUGGACACAAGCCGAGCUGAUGAGGACCAAGGCCUGAAGAUCCGACGCACCGUCACACAGGUUGUCCAAGGUAACAGUCAGGAAAAUGGACAGACAAAUGAAGAGGAGGAAGUGGAGAAGACGGAGAAGGAAGUCGUAAGACGGACUUCCAGGGACAAAAGGAAGAGCAGUGUUUCUGAGGAAUCCAUGGAAGUGCAGACAUCUGUGAAGCUCGAAGGAGACGAACAGAAAGUCACCCCGAGCGACAGCCUGGUGCGUCGCUCCAUCAGUCAACAGAAGUCUGGAGUGUCAAUCACCAUUGACGACCCCGUCCGCACAAACAGGCAGCCGUCGCCGCCUCAUGGCAAAGUCUCAAACAUCAUCCAUGUGACCAACCUGGUACGACCUUUCACUUUGGGCCAACUCAAAGAGCUUCUGAACAGGACGGGCAGCUUGCUGGAGGAGGGCUUCUGGAUCGACAAAAUCAAGUCUCACUGCUUUGUCACAUACGCUACAACAGAGGAGGCGGUCGCCACCAGAGCUGCUCUCCACGGCUUCAAAUGGCCUCAGAGUAACCCCAAAGUCCUCGGCGUUGACUUCUGUGAGCAGGAUGAGCUCGAUUUUCACAAAGGAAUCCUGAAACCAGAAAAGGAGGCGGACCCCGUCCCCCAAACAGGAGCUGCUCAGCCCCGGCUGCCCCCUCUGAUGCCCGAGCGAGACAGGAACAGAGAGCGAGACCGCGACAGCAAUCGCGACAGGGAGCGCGAACGAGACCGGGAGCGGGGCGCCACUGCUGGAGGAGUAGGAGUGGUGAGGGACCUGUGGGCGGAGCGAGAGAGAGAGAUGGAGCGGCGGGAAAGAGCCCGUGGUGAACGGGAAUGGGACAGGGAUAAGAUCCGGGAAUUUGCGCGACCGGGUGAGGAAGAACAUCGAUCCCGAUCCCGAGAGAGAGAGAGGAGGAGGAGAGAGAGGAACAAGAGCAAGGAGAGGAAGACCGACAAGAAAGAGAAAGGAGAUGAGCCUCCUGCCAAACUGCUGGACGACUUGUUCCUGAAGACCAAAGCAGCUCCAUGUAUAUACUGGCUCCCGCUCACUGAGGAGCAGGUGGCGCAGAGGCUUCUGGACCGCACACAGCGCCAGAAGGAGCGGGAACAACGGCGCAAGGAACAAGAGGAGGAGGACAAGAAGCGAGAGGAGGAGGAGAAGAAGGAGAGGCUGAAGGUCAGGGAGAAGGACAGCAGCACAACGGCGAGUGGGGGAGCAGGAGGAGGAGGAGGAGGAGGAGGAGGAGGAGGAGGAGGGGGAGGAGCUGGGCGAGGAGCUGACGUAGAUAGAGGGAGGGAGCGCGGCCGAGACAGGGAGGGGGACAAGAGGAGGGACAGCGGCCACCGACCCAGACGGCCAUCGGCAGGCGCGGGAAACGGACGACGCUCUCGUAGCCGAAGCAACACAAGGGAUAGACGUCGCUGAGGGAAAGAUGAAGGGACAAGAAGGAAACUGCAGACAAAGAAUUUUGUGGAGACACAUUUCUCUUUUUUUUUUCUCCAUGAGUUGUCCCCCCCUCGCUGCCUGUCCCCCGUGCUUUUAAAUCGUCCACUUUUGACGCCGGCGUUGUCUUCCAGACCGCUCUGCCAUUUUUUUUCCCCUCCCCAAAAUGUUUCAAACAUGUUUAAAGGUUAAACGACGGUUCACGUAGAGCCCACCCUUCUGUUCUCUUCCUGUCUUCCACAAUUUUGAAGUGGGCCCUGCUCCUCCUCCUCCUCAUCUCAGUGUAGUGCUGUGAAGUCGCCUCUGUGUCAGAAAAGCAGCACAGAGGUUCUGCGGGUUUUUUGUCGCUGAGGUUUGGGAGCCCGCCUCUUUAUUUUAGUUCUGCGGGCACACAGUUCCUUCCUCCUCCUGAGCCCUGUAAUAAAACCAGUUCAAAAAUAGAUCCCCAACCUUCAAAUAUUUUCUAGGAUCAGUUUUAGUGUUCUACUCUUCAGCACUGACUUCUUCUUUUUUAUAUAUAUAUAAACAUUCAACUCAAGUGUGUGAAACUGAGGAAAGUUGUUUUGUUUUGAAGCUUUAUGAAUCGUGUUAGUUUUUUUUUUUUUUUUUUUCAGCCUUGGAAGGUUGUUUGAUGUCCCACAAAGAUACAACUCAACACUGUAACGUAGCAAAGUGUGCGGCAGCCCGAGUUCACGGUCGGUGGAUGUUUGUGGAAAGGACAUGAAAUUCUUGUUCGGUGAAGUUUAUUCUGUAAUAAGUUUUGGGAAGCUGACCUUCCCUGCACUGACCCUUCAAUCAAAUAUAAUUAAGAGGAGGUACACAUAGAAAUGUACCUAAUAAUAAAAGUAAAGGUUAGAAUUUUAAUAUCUUUAAUUUGAUGUUUUUAGUUGAAACAGUUAUUUUGUUGCGUUUUUUUUCCCCCUCCUCCUGUAAGUGCUGAAUGUACCGAGAAUUUAAAAACAUGAAUAAAUUUAAAUUGCUUAACAGCU